UAAUCCAACGUAUAUAUUUUCUCUGGAUUGUGCUGGAUUUACAGCCCGAUUAAAUGUGACACGACAGCCAUUUUGAAUAUAUUGUUGCAAAUUUUUGCCCGUAGCAAAUUUAUCAAAAAAUUUGUAUCUGGUGAAUUACAAUUAGUAAUUUUUUGUUUGUUAUUUACUAUAACGAGCGGAAAUGCCUCCCAAAAAUAAGACUAAGCGGAAUUGCAGACUGAGAGACAACGAGGGCAAAGCAUCAAGGUCAAAGAGGUCAAGACAAGAGCGACCAGCGGUAGCGAUAGAGGUUGACGAUAAUCAUACAGUUCAGGAACCAGGUCCUUCAGGAAGCAUCGCCGCCCAAGAGAAUGUAGUUGGUGCCAGAAAGUCAAACUCUACCCCACUGGCCCCAGCACCUGUGCCUGCUUUGGCCAUUGAAUCUCAAUCAGAGGUCUCUGAAGUUAAAGUCUGGUGUGUGGGCUCCUCUAUUAUUAAGAAUGCAAUGAUGGCAUCAGUAUGCAGACCGGGGGGAACAAAUCUUGGAUUGGAUAGAUUGAAAAUAAAUAUCUGGUGGCAGGGAUAUUCAGGUUUGAAUUUUUUGGGACUUAAAAGAAAGCUCUUUUUUCUGACAGAAUAUGAGGAAUCCCCAGACUUUUUGGUUAUUCACUGUGGGGCAAACGAUUUAGGAUCAAUUGAUCUGUAUACUCUCAUUGAGAAAAUUAAAUCCCAUCUAAAGAUUAUCAAGACUCGCUUUCCACAUUCUACACUUGUUUGGUCACAGAUGCUGCCACGAAAUAAAUGGAGGUAUUCGGGGGACAAUAAAGCAAUGGAGCGUUCCCGUCUUAAGGCCAAUAGGGUAGCUGCUUCAUUAGUGUUAGAGUUGGGGGGUUGUUACAUAAAGUACCCUGAUUUAUUGAAAAACAUAUCGCAAUUUCUGUUGCCAGAUGGAGUACACCUCAAUGACCUAGGAAAUAAACUUUUUCUAAAUAAUAUCCAAAGGGGGUUAGAAUUUUUCCUGUCAAAGCAAGGAAAUGUGUAUCCUUAAACAAAACAUCAAGAA